UAUUGAAGCGCUAUGUGGACGCGAACGGACGCAAAUGUCAACCUCUUUAAUGAUUUCAUUUUGGUUAUGGAAACUUUAGAAGAGAAACAGAUGCACAUCAUAAACCCCGUGCUUACCAGAAUGAAGUCAUUGGAAGACCGUAUGCUUGUCAAGAAAGAAUCCGAUUCUUCCUGGAUAUUAUGCAUUUACAACCGGCUUUUAUCCCACGAAAACAUUCAAGUAAUCAAGUGGGGUUUGCACAACCUCUGUCAACUAAACAUUGAAUCCUGGCCAGGGAUAGGUCACAGUGAUUGGCUUUACGAUGCUUUACUUAUGGGCCUUAAUAAUAUGGUCUUUUACGUCCGAGAUAAAGCCUGUCAGCUUCCCCAGUUGGGAAUAGAUUUGGGACAAUUCUUGCAAAAAUGUGCAACAUUAGAAAUCGAACGCGAAGGAUUUUUUAUCCGGUUAUUAGGGAAAAUGUCUCUGGUUCCUUGGAACGCGGUUGGUUUAUUCCAUUUGGUUUACGCGUUCGCCUCUCUUCCACGAAGCGCAAUUCUUGAUGGCGAAGCUCUUCAAAUCGUGUUGGAAUUUCUUCGUAGCGCCCUGCACACGCACCACCCUCUGCUUCGCGGAGCCAUACAAGGAUUGAUCUUGGAAUUCGUAUUGAACAUGACCGUCGUGUCUCAAGAAAAUCUACUAUGGAUAGCUCUCAUUUUAGCAACUAUCAAUCCUCACGAAUGCUACAUCCGCACAACACCUCUCUAUGCCACUCUGAAGGCAUGGAUAAACGAAAAUUUUACCUCAGUUCAGCACGGGCAGUUGCUCGAUCAACUUUUGUCCAUGCAUUUUGAACCUUCUGGUGAUGUUCGCAUUCCCUAUUCAGUGGAUGUCACAGCGGUGGCCAGAUUCGCCGUUUUGUUACUGGAUGUCGAAACCACCGAUUUAGAAGGCAUGCGACAAAUGCAAAUACGUUUGGAGCCUCUUGCAGACUGCCAAACUCGCUUGUAUGCUGAUCCGCGUACGCUAAAUCAGCGAAUGAAAUUAAUGGUUACGCUGUUAGAUGAAGUUCGUUCGUCAAAUUCCACUGCGGUUGUCCGCCUGGUAUUUCCAUUCACCGAGUCGGUGAUACAUUACUGCCUCGACCAAAUCGAAUCGGCAGCAAAUUACAAUAGCAUUUGUGAAAGCCUGUCGGUGUUGAGAUCCAUUGCAAAGAUGGACGAUCUUAUCGGAGUGAUAGCUGCAUCAGGGAAGAAAUUAGAGAUGAUGGCGCGUAAAUUACUUGAUGGAUGUUCUGCCUUAGAAAAAUUUAAAAGCAUUUCUAUAUUUUACCUCAUCGCCCGAUUCAACCAGCCAUUAGUGGACCAAUUCAUCCAUGAAAUGAUUUCAUUAAAAAUGCAUUGCCGCGCUCCACAACGUGAUGAUUCCGCCUUAGAAUAUGUCACAUGGGGCGCUUUUAUGUCCCAUUACUUCUCUGAGCUAUGGACACUGAUACAGCAACGUCUAGCCUUCAUGGAACCCAAAUUAAACCCGGAAGAGUUGUUAAAUGAAGCGAUUUGUGCAAUGGAUAUAGCUGGUGUUGAAGCUGUAAAGUCGAUCUUUAGCUGUCUGGGUCAUCUUCUGCCCCAAGUGUGUCAAUCUAAUCCCGACCUGUGCCUCUCAAGCCUUAAAGCCUGUUGGACUGUGUGCUUUGAAUAUCGCCGUUCGGACCAUUUUUGGGACCUGAUGGAACAAUUUGCCAAAAUUGCCUUUAACAAUUCUCUAAUGGAAAAACCUGAAAUUCGCCCACAGCUUUUCGGUUUUCUCUCUGAAUUAAAAAGUCAAGGAGAAAAUAUUCUGCAACUUUUCAAUUUCUCGGCCGAACGCAUUAUUGAUAUUUGGACCACCACUGCCUUCCCAUCAAACGAUUCCUAUACCAUCCAGUUUAUCGUUGAUCUCAUUUCUUUUGGACUGAUUCAUCGCCGGGAUGAAAUGAUAUUUUUUGAAACUUGUGCCUUUGUGCGCUCCCUAGGCGAACGAUGCCCUGCAAAUAUCCAUCUUCGGAGUGAAGACAUGGCUGACGGGAAAGUCCGCUUCCAAGGUUUGCGCUUCCUACUCUCCCUCAACAAAUUGAACGAACAACACAUGGCCAUGGUAGAAAGUCUAGUAGAAGCCUUGCUGAAAGAAGAUAAGACCAUGUCAGAGACGAAAACGCGUUAUUUUUCCAGCUCACAUGGACAUCGCGUAAAGCAUCGCCUAUGGCUGGCAUUGAUAAUGUUACAGGAUUUAUUACCACUGGGCCACAAACAAGCAGCAGAAAUUAUGGAAGCGGCUCUUUCAGGACUAGUUGAUGACAAUCCACAACCUAGCGUUCGGUUUUUGCAAGAGUGGGCGGUCGUGCGAACCAUUUAUCACUCACCAGAGUUAGAAAAGGUUUUCUGGAAAACAAUGGACGACGCAGUAGAACAGAGGGCCGGUUCAAUGGUCUCCUUUUUGUCCAUAAUAGGACAUGAAACUCGUUGCCUCGCUGAUUGUGAAAGAUUAGCAACCUUUGCAUCAAAUGCCCUACCACGCGUUAUUCCGUGGGCUAUGGCUCAACAUUUUACGCCCCGUCUUUACGCUACUGUCAUUCUUGGAAUAAUCUGGAAAGUCUGCGAAUCGUCAAAAAUCGAUUCGUUACUGGAAAGAUAUUCAACCACUCAACAGAUUUUGCGCCAUGCCCCUGACAUGCCAAAUACGCAACGGAAUUUAGAAAAAUUGAGUCAAGAUUUCUAUUUUAGUGUUUUCCAUCCUUUAAGCAAUUUUACUUUGGAGACGCUAUGUUUUCACUUACCAAGACUUUCACAUUUGGUCUGCGAAGAGUGGUUACCUGCUGAAUGGUUUGAUGGCGUUAAAAGUUGGAUUCCUUGUCGCAAUACGAACGGACAACUAGCCGAUUGCCAACCAGCCGAAUGGGUGGCCAGAGCAGCCGGAGGUGCGCCAGCCUUCACUCAAGAUGAUUCCGUUAGUCCAGCAAUGGCAGUUCGAAAUGUUCAGAAAAAGAUAACACCGUGGAAGCAAAUGCUACCGGAUGUCAACAGCCUUGUCGUAUCUGCCAGCAGGAAGAAGACUACCACAAAUGAUCUUAUUGUGAUUGCUUCGCUUGUUGAUCGGGUCCCAAAUUUAGGAGGACUGUGUCGGACUUGUGAAGUACUCGGCGUAAGAGAUUUUGUGUUGUCCUCCCUGCGGAUCACUGAAGAGAAAGAUUUCGUAAGCCUCAGUGUUUCGGCUGAAAAAUGGAUCAACGUACUCGAAAUAAAGCCGUUUCAACUAGUGGAAUAUGUAAAACAACUAAAACUGGAAGGAUAUACUGUUGUCGGGGCAGAACAAACAGCGAGCAGCAAACCCUUAAAUAACUUCACUUUUCCAAAAAAAUCUGCCCUUAUUCUAGGUCACGAAAAAGAAGGCAUUCCAGUCGAACUGAUUCAACACCUCGACGUCUGCGUUGAAGUGCCACAAGAAGGAAUAAUUAGAUCAAUGAACGUCCAUGUCACCGGAGCCAUCUUCAUUUGGGAAUAUGCGCGCCAACAAAUGGAGUUGUCCCACAUUCGCUAAAUUUGAAAUUUGGGUUACAAUCAAUCAAUAAGGCUAAUUGGGCACAACAUCUCCCCUGACAUGUUUUUAACUUGGUGCAAGAAAGGUUUAGCUGAGCGUAAACUGGUAUAGCAUAAUUGUUGUUUUUCUUGUUGCUUAUCACAACUUUUUAACGAGAAAACAGUGGCAUCACACCUGUGUAAAUACCGACCAAAAUGCUAAAUUUGAUAUGGAAGAAUAAAUUGGAGUCCGAGAAAAAACGAACUCCCUUCACAUCUGAA